GGGGUGUGUAUGACAGUGAGAGGAGAGGGUAAUUUAAAGAGGAGGAGAGAAGCAGUUGAAGUGCAAGUAGGAGGAUCACACAGAACACAAAGCAGGAGAGAACAGAGCUGUGACUGCUUGUCUGAAGGACACCGCCACUAUCCCAGCAGUGAAUACUUUUCAUCAACUUAUUGACAACUUUUUGUGAUGCAUAGGAAACACUGAAAGGAGCACAGAACAACGUGGACUUGGACAGGCAGAAAGGAGCACAAAGGCAGAGGGCACAGCAGAGAAGAAUACACUAGAGAGUACCAUUGAGAAGCACACUGACAAGGGUAAUGCAAGAGAGGAGCACUGAGUGUAAAGGGAAUACUACAGAGAAACACCCAAAGAAGAGACAUCAUAAAGGAGGGGCAUCACAGAAUAAUGCAUCUUAGAGAAAGGGCAUCCCAUAGAGCGGCAUCAUAGUGAGAAGGGGAACCCCAGCAAGUACCACCAAUGAAAGGGGACAUGCCAGAAAGCAACACCUAGAGAAGGGUAAUCCAGAACAAGCACAUAGAGCAAGGGCACCCCUGAGACAAUGGGUAUAGCAAAGGCUAUGACAAAAAAAGCAGAACACCAAUAGGGUUACACUGAGAGGGUAAUCUAUUUCACAGGGCUUAAAAAGGGAGGGCAGGAGUAAAAGAGAGUGAACAGAGCAGUUCAGGGGUAGAGCUAAGGGUCAUCAGAGCAUACCAUUAAGCUCAAAGAGGUUUGGAAGCAAUGAGAUACCCUUGUUCAAUGUCCUUCUCUGACCACUGUCAAGUAAAGUCCUGAAUUUGCUGCUUGCUGUGGGCAAAUUCACUCCUGCCAGCUAAAGAAAGAUGAUCCCCAGUGCCCUUGGGUCAUGCAUCAAUGAGGCCAAACACCAGCAGAGAGAGGGCUAAAGGAAACCCCCAGAUCAUCUGCAGAAGGCAACAUGGCAAGGUGGCUACUAACCCAAGUCAUUGUCACGUUGGUGGGGCUGCUGCUCGUCAUACGAAGGUCUCUGACAAAUGAAAUUCUAGGGCUGAAAAUUCCUUCAGAGCCAGUCCUAAAUGCCAAUACCGUGUGCCUGACUAUGCCAGGCCUCACCCGUCGCCAGAUGGAAGUCUGCAUGCGCCACCCAGAUGUGGCAGCUUCUGCCAUUCAGGGAAUUCAGAUUGCUAUCCAUGAGUGCCAAUAUCAGUUCCAAGAUCAUCGGUGGAAUUGCUCCAGCCUAGAGACAAAGAAUAAGAUACCAUAUGACAGCGCAGUUUUCAGCCGAGGUUUUCGGGAGAGCGCCUACGCUUAUGCUAUAGCUGCAGCAGGUGUGGUGCAUGCUGUUUCAAAUGCCUGUUCCAUGGGCAAGUUGAAGUCAUGUGGCUGUGAUGAAAAGAGGCGAGGAGAUGAGGAGGCCUUCAGAGUGAAGCUGCACAGGCUGCAGCUUGAAGCUAUGAACCGUGGGAAGGGCAUGGUACAUGGCGUAAUGGAGCACAUGCCUGCCGAUCCGCCAGGGCCCCAAGAUUCCUGGGAAUGGGGAGGGUGCAGUCCCGAUGUGGAAUAUGGAGAACGUUUUUCCAAAGAAUUCUUGGACUCUCGGGAGUUGUUCAGGGACAUUCAUGCCCGCAUGAGGCUUCAUAACAACAGAGUGGGAAGGCAGGUUGUCACAGACAAUAUGAAGAGAAAGUGCAAGUGCCACGGUACAUCUGGGAGCUGCCAGCUGAAGACUUGUUGGCAGGUGACCCCUGAGUUCCACGUAAUUGGCUCGCUGCUAAAGGACAGGUUUUAUGGGGCUACACUAAUAAAGCCUCACAACAGAAACACUGGGCAGCUGGAGCAGGUUCCGGUCCCUUUCCGCAGGAGAGCCAGUAUCAACGACUUGGUAUACUUUGAGAAGUCACCGGACUUCUGCGAGCAACAACUAAAUUUGGACUCAGAGGGGACCCAGGGAAGGAUAUGCAACAAAACAAGCCCUGGCUUGGACAACUGUGAGAGUCUGUGCUGUGGGCGGGGGCACAAUAUACUACGGCAGACGCGCAGCGAGAGGUGCAACUGUAAAUUCCACUGGUGCUGCUAUGUGGUUUGUGAGGAGUGUCGCAUCACCGAGUGGGUUAGCGUCUGCAAAUAGAAAUAUAGAGGCUUAACCUGUGCUACGUCAUUGCAACUUUCCUGCCACUCACCUUGGCUCUGCCUAUAACUCUGCGGUGGCAGUGCACUGGGCAAACUAUGAAAGGGACUGCUGGAAAAUGGUAUCUCCCCAUACCGGAUGUCCAAACUUUUAGCUGCUAACCUGAAUUGUGGUUAUUAGAAAAAGUGUGAAAUAAAAAGCAAAUGUUGGAUUAGACACUACAUACUGUAUAAAACAUGAGGAAAGAAAGCAUCAAGACAUAUACUUUAUGUGUAUAAGGAACUCCACAGAAGGCCUGUUACUGACAGCAAAACUGAACAUUAUAGCUUUGUUACCCAUAGCAACCAGUCAGAGGAUCACUUACAUCUGUCUAUAGCUGCCCAUACAUGUAAAAAUCUGCUUAUUUGGCAAGGUCACCAAACAAGCAGAUCUUUCACUAAUAUGCUCAACUUGAGGUGGGCAAUAUUAGGCUGAUCCAGGUAUUAAGUGAGGUAUCUUUAUCUUAAUUGGCCACCACAUGUCCUGUUUUAAAUAUGGGUGACCCAAACAGUGGAACUAGAAAAUAUUUGACCCCACAGCAGCUCCUGAUAACUUAUUUGACCCCACAUGCACUCCUGGUAACUUGAAGAGACGCAUUUCCAGUUAUUAUAACCCGGAAAAUUUAUUAUAUCUCCCCUGCCUACAGUUGACCCAGGAAUAGGCUUGGGUGAAUUUGACCCGUUUCGUUUCUCCAAAAAUUCGCCGCCAGCGAAAUGAUGCUGAUGCCCAUUAAA